AUGUCUACUCAAGUCUUAGCUCACAGUUCUGCGCCGUCGCCGACCCAAGCAGCGACACCACCUGCCCCAAGCGUGGCAUCGACGAAACACAGUACUCCGCCACCCCCAGAUAUUUCUGCAGGAGAUGACCUUGAUGACGACGACCGCAAGCCUCUUGUCCUUACGCCUGGAUCUGAGCUUCCCGCCGAUCUUCACAGCGAGUAUGCUGCUGGCCAUGUUCUGUGUGGUGCCUGCGGUGUUGCGGUCUCAUUUCGAGACGAAAAAACAGGGGAGUUCACUGUCGGGCAAUGGGAGGCCCAUCGUCUUUCUUGCCCACACGCUGGCUCUGCUUCGACGCCGCCCCGUCACUACAAUCCCACCACAUAUAUGUCAACAAAUAGCCAGGCUCCCAAACGUCGGCGUGCGAAGCGCACUGAAGAGGAAAGGAUCGCGUACCUGAAAGCCGACACCCAUAUCGCCCAAUUUGAGGCCUACCGAGUUCUGUGUGCUUCGUGCAGCAAAUGGAUUCGUUUACGGCCCAACUCAACCUACUGCUCGAUUCCCUGGGACGCCCACAGAAAGAGCUGUCUGGCCAAGAAAGCUGGGGCAUUGUCCACACCCACCAAUAGUGUCCCUCGACCUCCCCCUGCCUACUCAUCUGCCUUUGACGAGAUUACCCGCGACGUCGAUGUCCGGCGCGUCGAAUCGGACCGUAUAAUGUGCGGAAUUUGCGAGAAAUGGCUUGCUCUACCUGAUAAUCCGUCUGCGGCCAUUCAGGUCUGGCAUACUCAUCGUGAAGACUGCCAAAAGACUACCUCCUCCCUUCGUAGUACCGCUCCUAGUGUGUCCUCAGCUCCAAAAACUCCAAACCCCCAACAUUCGCACUCCCCUCAACCAAAUGGAGGCCAUCACCCAGUUCAUUUGCCUCUUCCGGACGCCCCACAUGUUGUUUUAGACCUAUCCCCUGCCAACUACGCUGCUCCUCACGAAUCUCGUCGUCGCAAUGCCGAACAACGCGCUGCGACUUUGCGUGCGGAUCUUCUCAUUCGUGCUGUCGAGCCGAACAGAGUUUUUUGUUCUCUUUGCACCAAAUGGGUUCAGUUGCGACAAGAUAGUAGCUUUUGUGCUUAUCCGUGGCUCCAGCACCGAGGGAAAUGUCUGGCCCGAUACCAACGUCGUACUCAAAAAGCUGGAGACAUGACUGGAAGUAAAGGUCAAACAGCCCGACGGCUCAUACCUGCCCCCUCUGUUCGUCCGGAAGAUGAGCUUGAAUCUGAAGAGGGUGUUGGUCGACAGACUCGUGCCCCUCCACCUGUUCACCCCCCACGCAACAUUCCUGGUGGAUAUGUCCCUACUGUUGGUAAUCACCAGACGGAGGGAGAAGCUGAUAUUGAGGGUGACGAUGUUGAUGCUGAUGGGGACUCAUAUAUGGAAGAUGAACCACCGUCGGCAAGACAGCCAGCCCACGAUCGGGACUUGGCCGCUGCUAUCAUCAGACGCACGGUCCCAGCCAACCUAGCCGAUUUGGACUCUCCCAACGGACGUCGUAACUUCAUCUUCGCCUCAGUUGACUACCUCUUCCACACCACCCACGAAAACAGCGACGACCUCAGCGUGGGGGCACUCCUCACUUAUGUCAAUGCUGCGAUGCCGAUCGACAAGCAUGAGGACUUCGACAUGGUCGAGGUUGUUCGUGUCGCGAGUACUCUCCAGGAGAGUUCGGGUACAAGGUACAGGCUGGAGGGGGACAUGAUUCGCGUGCACGAUGAGUGA